AUGGCAUCUCUGCUGGAGGUAGCCAUAACGCCAGACAGAGAUGUGCAGCAGAGCCCCCCUGUGGUACCCAAGCUGGCCUGGGUGAAAGAGGAGGAGGAGGAGGAGGAAAGCCCUGGGGCUGCUCCAGCACAGCAGCCUGAAGAGGUGCAGCAGGUGCAGCCCCCACAGGAGGAUGCAGGCCAGGAGCGGACAGAAGAGCAGCUCCGUGCCCGUGGCCGCUUCCGCAGGGCAGCACAGCUGGUUUGCAGAUUCAUCAGGUGCAUUUGGCGUGAAGAGGCCACUUUCAUGGCCACUGGGGACACGGUAAACUCGGACCUCUUCAAUGCCCAGACCAGCGUUGCCCUGUUGGAUUUGCUUGUGGAGAACGGUGUCUACAAAGCGAAGCAAGUGCCAUCCAUAGUCAGGUGCAUCCACCAGUGGCUCACGUCCAAUGUGUCUGCUGAGCACAGGCUGGACAAGACUCUUGUCCUGCUGACCGAGGCACACCCUAUGGAUGUUGCAGUGACCCUGCUGCGCUCUGCCCCAGCCUGUGACAGAGCUGCUCACACCAUGUGGAAGAUGCUCAUCUCCUCCAGAGGGACUAAGGAGCCAGUGCUGCAGAUCCUCUUCCGUGUGCUGGAAUACUGGCCAGCGCACAGGAGUCGCACCUCUGAUGGGGAUGAGAGGGAUGUCUUUGCCCUGGCUGGGCAGUGA